AUGGCGCCGACCAAGAAAUUUAGUAAGGCGGCUAAGUUAAAGACGCUUUACCGCCGUCGUUCGAACAUUGUAAAUUCGGCGGAGGUUAUCCAGGCCUUUGACGAUGAGUAUGUCCCGGAUCAAGCUAAUCAACUGCCAAUAAGAAUUCAGCAUUUGGAUGAAAUGUGGCGGGAUUUCCAAGCGAUUCAAGACCACAUCGAAGACUUAGAUGAGCCGGAUGAGGAAUUUAGUGAAGAUAGGCGAGAAUUCCAGAAUCUUUACUACGCUUUGAAGGCGUCCCUAGGAAGCAAGGUUCCUCCAUCUCCUCACCCGUUACUACCACCGGCAGUUAAAAACCCCCAACCCCCACAGUCGGUGCCAAAUCUCCGUCUCCCUGAAAUAAAGCUUAAGGAGUUUUCUGGCAAUUUCGACGAGUGGGAAUCUUUUAGCGAUCUUUUUACCUCGCUGAUCGAUUCAAACCCGCAGCUGACCAUGGUACAAAAGCUGUACUAUCUGCGAGCUUCAGUUACUGGCGAAGCUGCCCGCAUGAUUUCCUCCCUCGAUAUUAUCGCUAACAAUUAUCCGGUUGCAUGGAACUUGUUGAAAAACCGGUUUGACAAUAAGCACAUGCUGAUAAAAAGGCAUAUGGCUAGCUUGCUUUCUAUUUCCCCCCUAAAGAAGGAAACAGCGACCGGCCUGGUGGAUUUGGCAGAUAAGUUCAACCGCCAUGUCCAGCUUUUGGAUAAACUCGAGGACGUCGAAGAGCACUGGAAUUCGUUCUUGGUCGAACGGUUGAGUAGCUGUCUCGAUCCCACAUCACUCCGUGAAUGGGAGACUCAAUCGGCGGGGGACGAUAGGCAGACAUACAAACAAAUCCUCGAAUUCAUCCAAAAGAGAUCACGCAUCUUGCAAACCCUACAGCUCUCCCAACUAAGCAGCAGUUUUCAAAUCGAAAGCAAGCCCAAGCCUCGUGUGUCUUCGGCUCACGUGAGCACUUCGAGCAGUGCAAGGUGCAUCUGUUGCCAGCAACCACACUUACUUUUCCUGUGUGACAAGUUCCAAAAGCUCACACCACACGAACGGUUCGAUCUAGCCAAGAAGCAUAGCCUCUGCAUCAAUUGCCUGAAAGGGGUCCAUUUGGCGAAAGACUGCUCCAGCGGUGCAUGUAAAACAUGCGCGAAAAAACACCACACGCUUUUGCAUCUGCCACCGCUAACAACGUCUACAGGCGGAUCUGGCGGCCGUCAGUCGCUGCCGGUACAACAAAGCUCUUUCGCAGAAUCGAACCGUUUACAAAAUAGUCCACUGUCACGACUCGGUUCGGUACAAAGCUCUCGGUCGGUUGAGCUUUCGAAUGCCUCACCACUCGUGUCGUCGUUUAGCGAAUUGUCGUCCGCUCUCGGUUACGAACCUCCCUCGUCGUCGGUAGUAUCGUCCGCCUCAAAUUUGCCUCCUACUGCCUGUCAAAGUGCUGAGUCAAUCCAGCGGCGAAAUCCCAACACCGUGCUACUUUCUACCGCUGUGAUUAAGGUCCUGGAUGCGGACAAUAAAUACCAGUACGCUCGUGCACUCUUGGAUAGUGGAUCCCAGCCCAGCUUCAUCUCGGAAGCACUGUGCCAGAGACUCAACUUGAAGCGGACGAAGCUCAACUCUCCGGUCAGUGGUAUCGGACAGUCUUUGGUCAACGUACACUACGGCGUAACUAUGUCGAUUGCCUCUCGUUUUGGCAUCUUCAUAUCGAGUCUCGAAUGUUUGGUCUUACCAAAACUUACGGUUGCUCUUCCUAGUUGCAACAUCGAUGUUACACGCUGGCGGAUUCCACGGCAUCUUCAACUUGCGGAUCCGCAGUUCAACGUCAGCCAAGGGGUGGAUGUAAUCAUCGGCGCUGAGCUUUUCUAUUCUCUUCUGGAAAAUCAGCAGAUUAGUCUCGGUACGGAUUAUCCAAUCCUUCAAAAAACCGUUUUCGGUUUCGUCAUCUGCGGCAAGGUCACGGAACAAGCCGCCACUGGAGUCGUCGUACAGUCCAGCCAUCUCUGCACCGACGAGUCGCUUGAUUCUCAGUUGGAAAGGUUCUGGGAGAUUGAGAAUCUUGACAAGGAAAAAUCAUUCACUCCGGACGAGCAGUUCUGUGAGCAACAUUUCCAGAAAACUGUCUCAAGGGACAAGGAUGGUCGUUACAUAGUUCGUCUGCCGUUGCGGGAAGAGCUGGUGCCCCUUAUGGGUGAUUCAUACACUCCUGCACUUCGUCGAUUACUGUCGAUGGAGAAGAAGUUUGCUGUUGACAAGAGCUUUCAUCUCGAAUACGGCAAAGUAAUGGAGGAGUACCAACAGCUGGGCCACAUGGAGGUAAAUUCGCACGCGUUGUCCGGCCCACAGUUUUUCCUUCCCCACCAUGCUAUUCACCGCCCAGAAAGUACAACAACGAAGACUCGAGUAGUAUUCGAUGGAUCCAGCCAUGAUGCCAAUGGCUUGUCAAUCAACGAAGUCUUGGUCAUCGGACCCACGGUGCAACCACCGCUGCAAGCCACUGUCAUCAACUUUCGGGUGCCACGCUUUGUCUUCACCGCUGAUGCACAGAAGAUGUUUCAGCAGAUCUGGGUGCAUUCGGAUGACCGCAGAUUUCAGCAAACUCUGUGGCGAAAUGAUCGAUCGGAGCCGAUUCGGGUUUACCAGAUGAAUACGGUUAUGUACGGACUGGCCAGCUCACCGUACUUGGCAACUCGAGUUCUCAACCAGUUGGCCACCGAUGACGGAGAACACUACCCUCUUGCAGUGCCAGUCAUUCGAAAGGGAAUCUACGUCGACGAUGUACUGACUGGGCACGAUGAUCUACACACCCUCCAGGAAUCGUGUGUACAGCUCAUAUCCUUGCUUGGAGGUGCAGGGUUUGUGUUGCGGAAAUGGGCAGCUAACGACAGCGCAGUUCUAAGGAACAUUCCUUCCGAGCUAUGGGAAACCUCCAGCAAGCUAGAAAUCGAUCGUUCAACUGCUGUCAAGACGCUAGGCCUUCUGUGGUUUCCUGAAUCCGACAAGUUCAUGUUCAAGAUACCAACUCUCCUUGAGCAGGUCGUUAUCACUAAGAGGGUAGUUGUGUCUGAGAUGUCUCGGUUGUUUGAUCCCAUCGGCCUUCUCGGGCCUGUAGUACUGAAUGCUAAAAUGUUCGUACAAACUCUCUGGGCUGAACAUUUGCCAUGGGAUACGGAGCUAUCUAAUGACUUGCAAGAUUGGUGGAUGACCUAUCGAACUGACAUCCAGCAAUUAUCCACUCUAGAAAUUCCGCGAAGGGUUCUGGUUAACACUUCUCGUCAGUACACUCUCCACUGCUUCUGUGACGCUUCCAUGAAGGGUUACGGGUGUUGCGUCUACAUCGUGUCACCAGACGAAACAGGAGAGCUCCACAGUUACCUUCUGACCUCAAAAUCUCGCGUCGCACCGUUGCGUGGGCAAUCCAUUCCACGCCUGGAACUUUGCGCUGCGCUACUUGGUAGUCAGCUCAUCGAUACGCUGCGCAAAACUACCGAAUUCACUGAGCCAGUAACAAUGUGGACCGAUAGUACAAUUGUGCUUCACUGGCUACAGUCAAGAUCUAACAGCUGGAAAGUCUUCGUUUCAAACCGUGUGGCGGAGGUUCAACGACUAACGAAAGGAUUCGAGUGGAGACACGUUUCGACGAACUUCAACCCUGCUGACCGGAUUUCACGAGGUACCUUGGCAAGUCAAAUCGUUAAUGACGAUCUUUGGUGGUAUGGCCCGAGAUUCUUGCGAUACCCGAGGGAGCAAUGGCCAGCAUCCGUUUUUCUGGCGCCAGAUGAGCAAUUAGUCAACGAGGAGGCUCGCCGUGUCGUCACAUUAUAUGUCAGCGAAGCUGAUCAAGGACUCUUUGACCGAUAUUCAGAACUUGCUAAACUCCUGAAAAGUGUCGCCUACUGCUACAGGUUCUACCAAAACUGCAAGCUACCAAGAGCGCAGCGCUCAAUCGGAUCACUGUCGCCGGAUGAAUGUGAUCGAGCGCUUAAGGUUCUAGCUCGCCUUGCUCAACGUUUCUCCUUCCAGGCGGAAAUUAAGAAAUACAUGCUCCUAAAGAAUUCAUCGAUUCCACCGAAUCUGGGACCAAAGUCCCCUCUUCGCAACAUGAACCUUUUCGUGGACGAAUUCGGGUUGCUACGAAUCGAUGGCCGUUUACGCUACUCAAACGCGCCAUUCGAUACCCGUUUUCCAAUUUUGUUGCCGCACAACCACAAACUAAGCUUGAUGAUCGUACGAGCAAUACACAUAAAAACCUUGCACGGUGGACCUACACUGCUUCUUGCUACUAUACGUCAACGAUUCUGGCCACUCUGGGGUCGCGACCUAGCUCGUGCAGUAGUUCGUCAGUGCGUCACUUGUUUCCGGUGUCAUCCGAAGCUAUCAACGCAAAUCAUGGCUCCAUUACCGGAAGUACGUACUACACCAGCACGACCCUUCUUGUAUUCGGGAAUGGAUUACUGUGGGCCGUUCCUCGUUCGUCCGCUGAAUGGGAGGGGCGCGUCGGUAAAAAUGUACGUCUCGCUUUUCGUAUGUCUGGUGGUGAAGGCCGUGCACAUCGAAAUCGUCGCCGAUCUAUCCGCCGCGUCGUGUAUCAACGCCGUGAAACGCAUCGUCGCGCGCCGCGGCCGUAUCGUAGAGCUACAUUGCGAUAAUGCGACCGCUUUCAUCGGGGCGGAUCGUCAGCUCGUCGCGUCGCGAAAGGAAUUCCUGCAGCAGUUCAAGGGCGACGAAUGGAGAAACUAUUGCUUGGACAACGGGAUCAAGUUCCAGUUCAUCCCUGCACGCUCACCUCACUUUGGUGGCAUUUGGGAGGCGGGAAUCAAAUCUUUCAAACACCAUUUCCGUCGCAUCAUGGGGCUGAAAGCAUUCUCGGUGGAUCAGUUCCACACCGUCGUCACGCAGGUGGAAUCAGUGCUCAAUUCCCGCCCCCUAUCACCGCUAACCGAUUCUCCCGAUGAUCUGGCCGCUCUAACUCCAGGGCAUUUUUUAGUUGGUGAACCCCUCGUCACAAUCCCAGAACCAGAUCUGAGCCACAUCAACCCUGGCCGCCUCAGUCGCCUACAGGACAUGAAGAAGACACUGCAAGACCUUUGGACUCGUUGGUCACGUGAUUAUGUAAGUCAGCUGCAUCAACGGACAAAAUGGCGGAAGCCACAGAUCGAUCUGCAACCAGGACAGCUAGUGCUCCUAAAGGAGAAUACACCCCCCCUCCACUGGCCUUUGGGGCGUAUCGUCGAGACCGUUACUGGUAAGGACGGACGCGUCCGGGUAAUCAUCGUGAAGACAGCUAGUGGCCGUUACAAACGGGCCGUCACCGAAGUGUCGGUUCUUCCAACCGAUCCAGAUGAGGAAACCAGAGAUAACGAUCAAGAUGUCGCUUGA